AUGUUUAUCGUUCAAUAUCUUUUUGAUCGGGAUCUACUUCUCCCAUUGAUAUCUCUAUACGAGAGCAGCAGGAAGAUUAGGCAAGAUAUUGAAGAUAUCAAGAAAAAUUACAUUGCUCACUUGCAAAACAUCAGUGCCACAAGUGGCCAAGAAGAGAUGACCAAUUGCAUUCUGAUCCGAAAAGAGAUGAUGGAUGGUAUUGAGCAGAUCCAGCAGAUGAUGGAGAAAAUGGGCAGCACAGAGAUAGGGUCGUUACACCUUCAACUACUGAUUAUUAUUCGAAAUAUCCAACAAGAACAGCAAAUGUAUUGCAAGAGUAUUUCCACCCUCCCCUAUCCAGAUCAAAAAAGAACAGGAGGAAACAAAAAAUUCGGCCCUCAAACAAGGGGUCAAAUUAAUUAUCAACCAAGAAGACGAGAAGCUGCUGCUGGAUCCACUGAAAAAGGACGUGCUUAUCGAGCAGCGUCUAUUGCUGGAAAGUUCGCUGCGGGAUGUCAUCUUAAAUGGUGGCGAGGAUUGUGA